GGAAAACACUGAAGAAAACACACACACACACACACAGACUGAGGAUGUCGAGCGCUCUGGUUGUGUGUGAGGUGGACGAUGGCCUGCAGGAGAAGCUGAAGAAGUUCAGAUUCCGCAAGGAGACCAGCAACGCCGCCAUCCUGAUUUUUGAGGUUCGCAACCCGGAUGAUCUGACUGAGGACUGGCUGAAGCAGAAACUCUCCUUUUUCCGCUAAACUGUGACCAAACAUCAUGAAAUAAAUCAGAAUCUGCAUGUGAA